UUGAGCGUUUCGCGGCGGCGGGUUACGAUGCGUGGCGCGUUGUAUCUUUAUUAUUAAUUAUUUGUUGUUGUUGUUUAUACUCUGUACCGUUUUCAUUUCCCAUCGCUCGUGUGUGUGCGCCGUGCGUGUGUGUGUGUGCGUGUGCCUAUGCGUUUUGCCCCCCAAAUCCCCCAAAACGCCUCACCACCCCCACUCUGCCGGGAAAAAAGCCCCCAAAAAGCAUAAAAUUACUCAAAAAGCGAAACUACGAAGAGCGAGUGUGUGCCAGUGUAUUGAAAAAAUAAUAGUAAAAUAUGAUAAAUUUCGGCCUUGCAACAUGCGGCGGCAGAUGAAGUUUGUUCGGUUUCAGAUCACAACAAAAUCAUAGAAUACGCCUACAUACAUAUAUCGCUAUAUACAGUACCAGUCAAUCAAUCAAUAUCGUGUGCAUUCAAAUUCCACAUCGUGCCUACAACUGCAACUGCAAUUGCGCGCCCUCUCUCCGCGAGUAAAAAACGGAAACGGAAGUGCCAGUGACGUAAUACUCCCGAAAAUCCCGGGAGGAUCCCCCCACAGCCUCCCCCCGACAUUGUGCAACAAAAACAAAGCCAAUCUCCGUGUAUGUACAUCAUUCCCGAGCAAUAUGCUGAAUGCCAUGAUUUGGCCAUGGCUGACAGUGCGUAGCAAAAGUAUUUACAUAACUGGCCAAACCAUUUUGUACAUCAAAGUGUUCAGGCUGGGGGUUUGAAUAAAACAUACACUGCAAACAAACCGAUGAACGUUUCCACGGCAGCGACAGUUCGAAUCGAUGAGAAACAGAUUGCGCCUAAAUGUCUUCCGGAAUUAAUUGUCGUGAAAUUUUCGUAUUUUUGGAAAUUUUGAUUUGGAAUCAAGCAAAACAGAGAAAUCGACAAAACAAUGAGCAUAGCAGCAACAACAACAAGGAAACCAACAACAGCAGCGGCAACAACAACACCAACAAGCAACACAAUAAAAAUCACAGCAACCGUAGCAGCAGCAGCAGCAGCAACAACAACAACGCAGUGAAAGUGAUAAAGCAGCAGCAGCAACAACAACUGCCCAAAGCAACAAAAAACAAAAACUUCAAUAGCAAUAACAAUAGCAGCAGCAACAGCAACAAUCUGCACCUACUGCAAAAGGGCUAA